UAACACUACAAGUAAUUGCAGAAGGGGAAGAAGACGAAUCUACCCAGGAUUGGAUAACGGCCACCAAAAGGAUGAGACCAUCUCCCGAGAACCUUGCAUCCAUCAAAAUGGGCAUGGAGAAAACUUUCAACAACCGAAGGUGCUGGAUCACAACUCAGUCGCCAACAGUAGAGGAGAUUUUUCAUCAGUACCCUCGCUUUGUAGACCUGCCAUAUUUGUUUGAUGCAGAGUUCGCAAGAAUGUUUCCUGGCAAGGAAAAUCAAUUACUUCGGAAAUGGGAAGGACAUAUCGUUCCAAAGCUCCUGAAAGUGGCCAGACUGGAAAAUGAAAAUGAUCCUGAUCCUCUGUCAGCUGGUGAGGAGAGUGAUGAGUCACGUUGUUUUAGAGCGCUGAAGUCACUCACCAGUUUUCUACCUCCAACUGCAACUGGGAGGAACAAAGGAUGGUCCAAGUGCAGCGUGAAAUCAGCCUUGUCAUACAUCCUGGAGGUGAAACAGACUGGAACAAGCAUACCCAGCCUCUACCAGGAACAAACGGCAGGACAAGCAGAAGUACAGCAACCAAAGCUCGUGUGUCUGGGAAAUCCAUGCUCAGCAGCAGCACAAUAUAUUAUUGUGGCAAAGCACGACAAGGUUGCCAUCCCUUUACAGGAUGAAGGACUGACAUGUGCCCUGGAUAAGUUGUUCAAAAUGUUGUGGGUUUGUAAUGUAGCAUAUCCUGUCCAACUUAGCGCUGUGUAUUCUUUUCUUGAGCAUGUUUAUGACUUACCCACCUCAGCACCAAAAAGAUCAAAAGUUUUGGAGUUGAUUACCAAGAUCCAUGCACUAGAGUAGACUAAUAUGUACA